AAUAAGGUUAUGUGUUACGAAAAAUAAUAAUCGUGUGACAGUUCAAUCUGCGAGGAAAGUGUUAAGUAAUCACCGAAAUGGAUUAAAUUCGGCGAGUUUUCAUUAACGCACCAUGUAAAAACCAAUUAAAUUCGGUUUUCCGACUGUGUGUUACAUAAAAUCUCCGUUUCGACCUUCCGUGCAAAAACGCACGUAGUACGUAACAAUUUUCUGGAACAUGCCGCGCUUCUAUGAAACUUCGACCGUUUUUAAUUACUCUUGGGAUCAAGUGGCCCAAGGGUUUUGGAAGAGGUACCCUAAUCCAAACAGUAAACACGUUUUGACUGAAGAUACAGUACAUAGAGAGAUUCGGUGCGGACAAUUAUUCACAAAAAGACUUUUAAGCAAAACUAACUCCAUUCCGAAGUGGGCAGAGAGGUUUUACACUGCAAAACAUGUAAAUAUUGUGGAAGAAUCCAUUGUUGAUCCUAAGAACAAAGUACUUAUUACUUACACAAGAAACCUUGGGUAUGCUAAAGUAAUGAGUGUCACUGAGAAGGUUGUAUACAAAGAAAGUGAAGAGCAUCCAGGAAAAACUGUGGCAUUAAGAUCUGCUUGGAUUGAUUCGCAAGUUAAAGGUUUUAGCCGAGCGAUUUGUGCUUUUGGUUAUGAGAGAUUUAAGAAGAACUGUCACAAAAUGGUUGGAGGUUUCGAUCACGUGUUGUCCAACCUAUUCCCGCUCCAGCACACGAUUCCGUCGCCCCAAGCGACCGUCACGGCCGCCUCCAAACUCAAGGACGCGGCCAAGAACGCAUCGGAGCUGGCCAAGUCCAAGGCCGCCCCGAUCUACGCCUCCCUGCACCCCAACCAAUCAUAAUCAUUGUUAAACGGGGAAAACGUGUUAAGUAAAGGUAUUUAUUUCCCUACCAUUAAAAUACAGCUCUACAUUUACAAUCGCCUAAACCAUAAUUUUUCUAAUUGUUGUGUUUAGUAAUUUAGUACAAUUUAUAGGUAAGUAAAUGUGUGCAGGGUGAUGCAACCAUAGGGGUUUUUAUUAAAAAAUGUUAUUUUUAAUUUGUUUCUGUUCUGUUCUAAUUUUCGCAUCACCCUGUAUUUAACUGGGUAA